AUGGAUAUGUUCAGUUUGAACAACUCCUUAAGUGACAGACCUGAGGCACCCAACCAAUACACGACUCAACUGUCAAUGUCUUUGCUGCUGCACGAGGACAAGCUGCAUUCAUCAAAUGCACCUGUCAUGCCGACAGGGUCUGCUACGAUAUUCCCGCAUCAGCAAUCCCUGUCAACAUUUACCGACGCUUCAACGUUGACCCAUUCCCGUGAUGAAACGCUACAAGCCAUCCUUUCUGACAUGCUCAAGCUUGACGCGUUCAAUCUAAACACUUUUCUAUUAUCGCUACUUCGUCGAGUUGACAAAUCGUUACCUUUGGACGAGUUUUAUAACGUGCUUUACAACCCAAAAUCUGACAAUGGUGCCCUUCAAUCUGCGAUAAAUAAAAUCGAUAAAACUGAAACUAGUGACGAUCUGGAGAGCGGCAUGGAGAUUAUUCAACGUGUGCUUGAAGUUUUUCGAUUUCCGGAGACUUUGUACAACCAAUAUCCGUCCUUGGACGGGUCAGACUUAAAAGCGUCUAACGUGAAUCUUCACGAGCUUCUUCGAUCCCUAUUGGCUAUCAAAAUCUUGCGUCAUUCCUUAAUCGAAACGGAGGAUGGAGACAGACAUUCGGAGCGUUCACCCAUCCCAAGACUUGACAUUUACAAAGUAUACUAUAUACUCUGCCAGAAGCUCAUACUAAAGUACCCGUCAUCAUCAAAUACAACCAGCCUACAACAAAAGCUCAUAUUUGGACAAUCGAAAUUGGGGAAGCUUAUAAAGCUAGUGUACCCGAAUCUUGUCUCAAAAAGAUUGGGCCGUCGCGGCGAAUCACGAUACAACUAUUUGGGUAUUCGUUGGAAUGACAACGUUGUAAGCGAUGAGAUAAAGGCUUUGUUCAGAAACGACUUGCCCGAGCUUGCAGACAUAUUCAAAGUUCUGAAGAAGCAAGUCCACGCUACGCCGACAACAAUCAUCGAGUCGACCCUCCAGAACAAAAGAAACAGAAGCAUUAGUCAAACAGAAAUGAUAAACCGAAUUAAAGCUCAAGGAACUUUUGUGGAACCAACUCAUUUCUUUCCCGAGGGGCCCUUUACUCUGAAAGCCUUUCUUGAUGAACAUUUAAAUGAUAACAUCGAAAGGAACUGGUUUGCUGCAGCCCUUAAGCUUUCUUCGGAUGCAUUGGAAGAAUCUGGAGUCUCAUCCGAUGAAAUACACAGGCUCCUUUUUGGCGAAGAUGAGCCUUUAACGGAAGAGGAUGAUAUCUUACUUCGAGGAAUAAUAGACAUUGUCUUACCCAAGUUAUCAGCAUCUCCAAACCAGCCCAAGAUAUUUCUUCAUCUAUUCAUGGUGAUAUCACUCAAGGUUUUUCCUCACCUCCUACUGUUACGAAAGCCACUUCACACUGAAAAUAUCAAAAGACUUACCAGCAAAGUUUCAUACCUCAUCAAGCGAAUUGAAGGUGAGAUGAGCCCACUAGUGAGUCAAAAGAUGCAGCAACAUGAUAUAAGGAACUUCUUGGGGAUCCUUUCCAGGAUGAUUCACUUAAACCAGUUGUUAGCAGCAUUUUUCAAAGCUGAUCUUCAAGACUACAUCUUGAAGGAAAUGCAAGAGGAUGUCACACGUGUAGCUACCGAGGGCCUGAAGGACGGCCUCAAUGAGACUUACAGGUUGAUCUCGGAAGCUUGCAUCAGCGUGCUUCUUGCUAAUCGAUACAAGCCACAGUUUCGAGGCGUUCCCGUGAAGAGCAAUAUUAGACAGUUUCUCUUCGAGUCUUGUCAUACUAUAGAACAAAUGGUGAGCCAUGAUUUAGCACUGUUUGUCACAAACGUUAUGGAGGGUUGGUUACCACAAACUGAGGAGAGCUUUCAUGGUGCUUUAAAAUUUAGGCUACUACUAGCGACUCUCAAGCUCGUUGACGAGGGCCAAGACAAGACCAUACUCGAACUCAUCCUGAAAAGGAACCGUCUUGAUAGGAAGAUCAAUGAGAUGCUUAAUGAAGCAGCUGAACAAACGGACCCAAGAAAAAUUAUAGAUCUCGAUGAAGCCAAGAGUUUUGUCAAUCGUUAUCUCCUAAGGCAGAAGGAAAAGUCACAGCAGAUAUCGUCUUUGAUCGACAAGCAUAAAAGAUUUCAACAGGAUGCGGCUCAACAGAAAAAAGUGAUACUCGAAGACCACGAGAAAUUAUCACCCAAAAAGAUCUCAGGGUUAACCAAGCUAAGCCAGCUCAAUUCUCUGGAGAAAAGCAGGCUUGACGAGGAGCUAAAGAAGAGGCUUCAGAGCCAUUAUGAAAUGGUCGCUGACCGUCAACGCCAAUUAAGUCAAGAAUCUGAUGCCAUGCUUCACGAACUUGGUGUGCCGUGA